CUAAGGCAUGACAGUUUAGUACACUUCUUUCCCCCGAACGUUCAACCUUUCCCAAGGUCACAACUUGCUAGCAGCUCAGAUCUUUACUAAAGCACCAACCCGUUAAUUUGUCACUUACCAUCCAAUUCAACAUGGCAACCCGAUGGGGACUCUGCGGUGCGGGGAAGAUCAGCCAUGACUUCAGCGUGGCCAUGAAGACUCUGCCUCCUGGAGAUCACCAGAUAGCAGUCAUUGCAUCGAGGAGCUUGGAGCGUUCCAAAGAGUUUGCCAAGAAGCAUGGUAUUCCUAAGGCUUAUGGAAGCUAUGAGGAGCUGGCCAACGACCCAGACAUUGACAUUGUGUACCUGGGAGUGCUGCACACAGAGCACUGGCGAGUUGGUCUGCUGUUCCUUAAGGCUGGGAAGAAUGUGUUGUGUGAGAAACCCUUCGCUAUGAACUCCAGACAGGUGAAAGAUCUUGUUGCCACAGCCAAGAAAAACAAUGUCUUCCUGAUGGAGGCCAUCUGGUCCCGCUGUUUCCCCGUGCAUGCUGAGGUGCGCAGGCUGCUCUCAGAGGAAGCAGUAGGGAAGCUGAAGCUGGUAAAGGCCUACUUUGGCUCGCCUCAGCUCCACAUCCCCCGCUCGGUGGAGAAGGAGCUGGGCGGUGGCGCACUGCUGGAUAUUGGAGUGUACUGCCUGCAGUUUGUGCUGAUGGUGUUCAAUGGAGAGAGGCCAGAGUCCAUCCAGGCCACAGGGGUGCUGCUAGACUCAGGAGUGGAUGAGUCAGUGGUUGUGGUGAUGAAGUUCUCCAGGAACAGAAUGGCCUUCUGCGCCUUUUCAAUUGCUGCUCGACUUCCGAACGAUGCUGUCGUCUGCGGCACCAAGGGCUCCAUUACAGUUCUCGGCCCCAUGCACUGCCCCACCACACUCCUGGUGAACGACAAGGAGACGGAGUACCCUCUGCCUGAACCCAGCCUGCCUCUGAAUUUCACCAACAGUACCGGGCUUCGCUAUGAGGCAGAGGAAGUGCGGCAGUGCCUGCUUAAAGGACUUAAGGAGAGCCCACGGAUGCCUCUGGCAGACUCUGUCUUACUGACAGAGCUCAUGGAUGAAAUCAGGAAACAGGUGGGAGUUGCCUUCAGCCAGGACAGCCAGUGACAUCACUCCAAAGCUGGGGCUGUUUCACCUGACCUAAACCUACUCGGAUGGAACAGAGGGAGCUGCUCGCGGCAGGCUUUGGAUAUUUGGUAUAAGCAGAUCACUCAUGGCACUGUGUGACAAAGCCUGAGCAGACGCAGUGACACUAAGGCAACUGUGACUCGGAUAACAGAGUGAGCUGCAGCUGAAUUAAAGAUACAAAAUUUUAAUCUUGGCCACAUUUAUAACUGUUUAUUUUUCUGAUACGUUUCUUUGCACCUUAUACACCUAUUAGGACUCCAAACAUUGCCAUUGCACCCCAGAGUCACCAUGUAAACACCUUGUAGGUCCUUAAAAUACAAAAUAUUAUAUAUUAUAUUAUAUAUAUAUAUAAACACUGUCAAUUAAAAAAGUUGAACACAUUAUUUUAAACCAGAUAAGUCACAAUGUAAACAAAUAGAGCGACCAUGUUGUGUGUAACCAUUCUGUUAUCAAGUCCUAGACUAACCCAGCUGUCACUGUGAGGUGUGUGAUUGAUGAA